AUGGCAGCACCGCCCGUUCAAGGAAUAAUCGAAGACGACGACGAGCCUCUCGUUGGAUUGGACGUGCCACUGGGCGACGCUGUCAUCGGCGAAGACAGCACUUUCCGCACGACGAACGACUCAAGCGACGACUGGGAGCGGCGCAACGUCAUCGAACGCACACAAGGCAGCAUCCACACCCGCGUCGACCUGAUGGAUGUUGUGCACGGGACCUACGACGAUGAUGGCGACGAAGCAACGCUGAUGGUCUUCCGCUUCCGCUUCGAUCCGCAGAAGAACUCCCGACGUGUCAUCCGAGCCCUUGUCAACGUCGAAUUCCUAGCCGUAGGUGACAAGGGCAGCGCUCCGGUAGUCGACACCAUCGCCCCGGAAGAGCGAUGGAGCGUAAUUCGCACCACCGACCAAGAGUCCACCACGAAGAGCGGCGAGCUGAGCGCUGCGGAUGCUCCCCUCAUCCAGGCUGGGGCAGCAGCCAAGCUGGAGAAGACCAUCAGCAGGGAUGUGACCGACGCAACUACGGUGACUGGCAGCAUCAACCUGGGCACUGGCCGGAACUCGGGCGAAUCAACAGUGGCGGUAUGGAACAUGCAGGAGAACAAGCGGCGAGAGAGUGGCGUGCCGGACUCGGUCACUGUCGCGGUACUUUUGCGGCGAGAGGAUAGCGCGCCAUUUCAUGCCAGGGUCACACUUGAGGCUGAUGUGGAUUUCCUAUCUGGCCUGGAACGAAAGUUCAGAAAGAUACCGUUGGAUGAUCCCGUGCUUUUCAAUCCUCGAAUGACGAGCGAGAGGCCCAGAAAGGGUAGAAGGUACGGGGCCGAGAAUCUAGGCAGUGUCGAUCUAUACUCCCUAUGUCGUGUGAGGAUGGACUUGGAGGCUCCGUUCGUGGCUGGUAAUUAA